UAGGCGGCAAGAACAGGUUUCCGGGGGAACGGUUUCCGGGUCGGAACUGGGGGACAAACCGGAAGUUGCCGUACCUCAGGACUCCGGGUGAGUGCACAUCUGGCGUUGGCGGCAGAGUUGUUGCUGAGUGCGGACGGAGUUGGAAUUGAACCACAGUAUGUCGUGUCUGCCGGGAUUCUGCAUGUCUCAGAAUGGAUUCUUCAAUUUGACGAUUGGGUUGAAGAGUCAAGGUCUUAUUGGCCUACUCGUUCAACAGAUCCACUGUGCAGAAUGCUAUGCUGUUUGAAUAUCUGAUGAUAAAUUGUGAUUCAUAACUCAAGAAAGUUGUGGGCAUCCGAGAGUGUAGUGAAUGACCAAACCAUUCUUUACACACAGACUUCAAAAUCCUGAGCCUGGUCAUUCUCAUGUUUACUGGUUGUAGGAUUUUGCUGUGUACAAAUUGGCCAUAUAUUUUCCACAUUACAAGAAUGACUACAUUUCAAAAGAACUUUACUGACUGUAAAGCACUGUGAGAUGUCUUUCACAAUCUCAGGACAAUAUGUAAUUGAGAGUUCUUCUUUCUUUGUUCAGCAUGCAGCCACGAUCUUUUAUUGGUUAAAGUAAGAGUGACUGAGGAUGAGGCCUCGGUUGCUGACCUGGGACGUAAAGGACACUCUGCUCCGAGUGCGUCACACAGUCGGUGAGCAAUAUUCCUCAGAGGCCAAGCUGCACGGCAUUCGGGUGGAGGCUGAGGCACUCGACAGAUCGUUCCUGGCGGCCCUCCGAAUGCAGGACAAGCUAUUCCCUAACUACGGUGUAGGCCAGGGUGUGAGCUCCCAGAAGUGGUGGGUGGAAACAGUCAAACAGACCUUUCGGUUUUGUGGGGUGAGUGACGAACGGGUGCUGACUCCACUGGCAGAGAACCUCUAUCGUGGGUUCAGCAGCGCUAAGAACUGGGAGGUUUUUAAUGAUGUGAAGGACACCUUGAUUCACUGUGACAGGCUGGGCAUUCACAUGGCAGUUAUUUCCAACUUUGACCACCGCCUGGAGCAGAUUUUAACCAACUGCGACCUGCGGCAGCAUUUCCAGUUUGUGCUCACGUCAGAGGAUGUUGGAAUAGGCAAGCCGGACCCUCGUAUCUUUAUUAAGGCCCUGGGCCUUGCCCAGGUACAGCCCAAACAGGCCACACACAUAGGUGAUGAUGUGCAGAAGGAUUAUCUGGCAGCCAGGGCUGUGGGAAUGGGGAGUUACCUGCUUUGCAGAGAGGAAGAACAACCUGCUGGGGCAGAAGGGCUAGUGCCCAAAGCUCACAUUCUCCACUCUCUGCAGCAGCUGAGUGGCCUCUUGAAAUAACUGCCUUGCUGUAUGUGUGCCCAAAAUCAUCAUGACAUUGUUAAAUGUACCACAGGAAAGGGAAUGUUUUCACUGAGAGAUAGUAAGAAUUCUAAUAGCUAUCAUGGUGUUUGGUUUUACACUCUCUUCUGGAAGAGCUAGCAGUUGUGGGCUAAUGAAUUUGUACAAAUGACUGUGAUAUAUCAUAUGAGGGAUUCUGUCUGCAUCCCCACUACAUGCCGUCUCUGUGAAGACCUGCUCACAGAAGUUCUGAAGUGCUGUGCAAAUGAUAUACUCUGUGGUAAAGUCUAGCAUUUUCCAGAUGCAUCUUAUAUAUUAUAAGUUAUUUUCAAAGAGGAGCUCAAUAAUUAAUGUUUCACUGUGGUGACGUGAGAAUAUUUUAUUCAGGAUUCUGAAAUAAAGUUUUUCUUCAUGUUUUGA